AUGCGCAUUCUGUCGGCAUUCUUCGCAGUGCUCUUCAUCUUCAUCAAUCCUACAAUGAUUGUCAACGUCAUCUCACAAAUGGAAUCGUUUCUUCAGAUUAAUUCUCAGCUACCUGAACACCUUCGUUUUGUAUUGAUCGAUUUGAUCGUUCAUCAUUUGAAGUCGUCUGAUCAUCGGAUAAAAGCUUAUAUUUAUGGAUGUGUUGUACUGACUACACUAUUACAUGUCAUGUUCACUUGCUUCUCACUUUAUGGAAUUUACUCGUGCAGAGCCAAGUUCAUGAAGCCGUUGAUUGUGGACAUUAUCACUAGUUCGAUCUUCCUGCUCCUCUUCGUAUUCUUCUCACUAUUCAUGUAUUGGAGACUCAACACUCUCGGCUCAAUCAACGAAAAAGAAACAACGAAACUGCAACUUCGAAACAUGUACGUCGGCCUUGGAUUCCUUGUAGCAUAUGGUCUUUGGGCAGUUAUCACUUGGAUGGCUCACUCUGAUACGAGAAAGCUUCGAGCGGAUUUUAUGUAUUGGAUAGAAGAAGAACGAAUGUCAAUGAGAAGUCGACACAAUGUAUCCGUGGAUAAUCGAUCCGAUAGAUCUUCAAAAGGAUCGAAAGCAUCCAGAGCAUCGAAAAGUUCAGCUAGAAGUGCCAAGUCAGAAAUUGGAACGAGUGCAAGUUUGGAAAGAAAAUCGCCGAGAGAAGGAGGAUCUAAAGGAGACUAUCAGAAAGUGUCCACAAAUUCUUGUAAUACUUCAAUUUGUAAAAAAGUAUCUGUAACAAAUGCCAGAUUAUCUGUACCUCUAUAA